UCCUUAAUUUGCGGAUGGGUAUAUAUGGCAAUCUACCGCUAUCGCAAACCAGCCCUUAAUUGCUAACUUUUGGGCCGGUUAGUAACCGUAGAAGAAAAAUGGCCCCGCUCAAGCAACUUUAUAGCCUGGUGAUUUAGGCCCGCUAAAAGAUUGAAUGAAUGUAUUUGUCAAAUUCUCAAACCGACACCAACCAAAAUAGUUGGCAUAUCACAAUGAGUGAACGUAAUUUCCCAAUGAGAGAGUAGCUUCAAUUCUUACAGAGUGGUGCGACCAAAUUACCGUCGUCGAUUCCUCCUUCCGGCUGGAAGCACCAAUUUCUACUCUGGUGAUAAAGGAGAAUGCAUCGGUAUGUAUUGAAUCAAUCAGGCUCACAUUCUCAAACUGGCACAACGGUAUUAACCGGUUUGACAACUUUGGUCCUUAAGCAACUACAAUUUAUGACCGACGGGGGAGAGAGAAGGGAGAAAAUGAGAUGUUAGUAAAUGAUAUAAAAUUGAUAAUUAAAUCUCUUGAGAAAUUAAGUUAGUGAGACUAAUUGAUUUUUUUAUAUGUGGAAGAGGAAGGAAGAGAUAUAGAGUGAGAGGAAGAAGUGGGAGGGGGAUGAUGAUAGCAAAUGAAAAGAGAGAAGGAAGGUAGAGGUUAGGUGGCUAUGAAGUGUGAAUCUGAUCUAAGUUUUAUUUAUUUAUUUAUAUAAACUGAUCUAAGUUUUUGAAGUUUAGUAUAAUACGGAAUUGACUUACAAAAGGAUAUACUUAUAAAUAUAUUAUAUUUUAAUUAUUAAAAUUUUAAAUUCCUACAUCACAUACAUCUAUUUUAGAAUAUGUCUAAUACUGAUAAAUCGGAUUGAAAAUCAAUAUCACCAUCGAACCUUAACCCUCUUACUUGAUCAAUUCAUUAGUUUACACCAAUUUGACAACAUUACUUACACGCCUAUCAGCACGAUAAUAAACCUCAUCCGGCCAAUUGGCUGGAUAAAAUGCUAGUUUUAUUAAUAAAUACAAGUGAGAACAAAUGAGUGGGAUUAUGAUUAUAUUUGUCCAUCCAACCUCGCACUCCCGAUAUCAUACCAAUCCUUUCCAAAGUAAACAAACAAAAUGGGGUAUUUCAUAAAAUGGAAAAGGGUCAAUCACCAGUUCACCACCACUAUUAUUGAGGCUCAAGUCCCAAGUAAAAACAAGCGUCAAGUUGUUCGCAUGGCGCCGCCUGCCAGACAUACAAAGCCAGAAAUAUAAAAAAAGCAAUCUCACCAAACACUUUCGUGUCCUGUUGGGCUUGUUAGCGGAUCUUUAAUGAUAUGUUCAAAUCAAUGUUUUACCUAAACUGCUGUAUUUUCUUUGUAUGAAAAAUGGUAUCAUGAUUCAACAACUAUUCUAGUUUCUUCACCACAAGUUCACAAUUGCACUAUCACAAAAAUGCUGAGUGUAGGAAUCAAAUACUCUUCACUACUUUAUAUCUGCUGAAACUAAAAUAUUUGUUUGAAUACGUAACCAGAGGAGCAGUCUCCUACGGCUACUGCAGCGUGGGGUCACAAAUCCAAGGACAAGAAGAAGAUAACAACAAUCUACACAAUGAAAACCCCACGUUGAUCAACACCCCGAGAAGGAAAUGCUUAUCCUUGAAAUCAAAUUUUAUUAACAACCCAAAUAAGUCCAAAUCAACGACGAAUGUAUCCUAUGGUACACUUGGAAAUAUCAAUUUCAUUCCAUUAUUAUAUCAUCAAACAAACGUCCAUUCAUUCUCCACUUCAUCUCUGUGGACUGAUCUGCAAAACACACACACAGGUCGGCUGAACUAGCUUCCAGUCUUCUUUUCAACCUCUGGAACAUGAAGGAGCCACUCAUACGGAAGAACAACGAUUACCCGGUAGCCACAGCAUCCGUGGAAGAAGAUGGUUUGCAGCAGGGCAGGAGUGAGAGCUUGUGGAUGGUUUAUCUCAGCACAUUUGUCGCUGUUUGCGGGUCUUAUGUAUUCGGAAGCUGUGCGGGAUAUUCAUCGCCAACACAAGAUGCAAUCAGGGAAGAUCUCUCCCUGUCGCUGGCCGAGUAUUCUAUGUUUGGUUCAAUUCUGACGUUUGGGGCAAUGAUUGGUGCAAUCACAAGUGGAUCAUUGGCUGAUCUCCUAGGCCGAAAAGGGGUGAUGAGACUGUCAAGUGCUUUCUGCGCUGCAGGCUGGAUUGCCAUUUACUUCGCUGAGGGAGCAGUGGCACUGGACAUUGGCAGAUUGGCAAAUGGCUAUGGGAUGGGAGUGUUCUCCUACGUGGUGCCUGUUUUCAUAUCCGAAAUAGCGCCCAAGAAUCUUCGAGGGGCUCUAGCUACUUUGAAUCAGGUUAUGAUAUGUGGUGGAGUUUCGGUUUCAUUCAUUAUAGGCACAUUCCUAACGUGGAGGGCUCUUGCUUUAACCGGACUCAUCCCUUGUGGAAUCCUGCUUAUAGGACUGUUUUUCAUCCCAGAAUCUCCUAGAUGGCUGGCAAAGAGAGGUCACGAAAAGGAGUUCGAGGUUGCAUUGCAGAAACUUCGGGGCAAGGAUGCUAAUAUUGCGGAGGAGGCAGCUGAGAUUAUGGAAUACAUUGAAACGCUCGACCGCCUUCCUAAAGUAAAGAUGCUGGACUUGUUCAACAGAAGAUAUCUAAGAUCAGUCAUUAUUGGUGUUGGGUUGAUGGUGGCUCAACAAUUUGGAGGAAUCAAUGGAGUGUGCUUUUAUCUCAGUAACAUCUUCCAGUCAGCAGGAUUCUCUCCCAGUGUUGGAACUAUUACCUAUGCCAUUCUUCAGGUUGUGGUGACACUGUUAAUUACACAAGUGAUUGACAGAGCAGGAAGGAAGCCCCUUUUACUGGCUUCUGGAUCUGGUUUGGUGCUGGCCUGCUUGAUAACAGGCCUUUCAUUCUACCUCAAGGUCAAUGAAUUGGCUCUGGAUUAUGUUCCCGUGAUGGCCGUAACUGGCAUACUGUUAUAUAUUGGGUCCUUUUCAGCAGGGAUGGGCGCUGUUCCAUGGGUUAUCAUGUCUGAGAUAUUUCCAAUAAACAUCAAAGGAGCAGCUGGAGGUUUAGCAACACUAGUUAACUGGUUUGGUGCAUGGGCAGUUUCCUACACAUUCAAUUUCCUCAUGUCCUGGAGCUCCUAUGGUACAUUUCUUGUUUAUGCUGGAAUCAAUGCGCUAGCCAUAGUCUUCGUAAUCAUGGUGGUACCAGAAACAAAAGGAAGAACCUUAGAACAGAUACAAGCAGCCAUUAAUGGUUAGAAUGCAAAACAGUUUUUUUUUUAUUGGACAUGGUUGAAGCUUCGAUUGCCCGGGAAUGUAAAAUGGGAAAAUUGAACAUACAUUCAUCUCUUCAUUCAAGCAAAUAAAGGGAUAGAUGAGCUAGGGGAAGCAAUUGUGAUGUACCUUUAUGGAGCAAAUGAGGUCCUUGUUGUUGACAGUGGAAAGGAAUAAAUUUUCCAGCGCCAAGGUAAUGUAGAAUGCACAUUCCUAUUCAGUGAUAAGAAACCAUAGAUGACUAUUGUUUCCUCCUUUAGUAGGUCCAUUCGUGCAAUGUGAAGUUGAAAGCUGGCGUUGUUGGAGGACUCAGUUGUAAAGAAUUAGUAAUAUAGGAACCGUAUUGUAAUAUUUGCUUAUUAUGUUGUUUGUUUACUUUAUAGCUACAGGUUAUAUAUAUAUAUGUAAAACGAGACAGUGUAUUUUUUACCAAAUCAUCAAUAAUACAAGUAGACAAUUUUC